UUUGAAGGAUGAAGUAUAGGAAGAGUAAAAUUUUAUCAAAAAUCCCUACUGAGCACCUUGAGAAAUCGCUGAAUUGCAGCAACUGUCAUCAAACCAGACUACUGUGUUAGUUUCAUAGAAACAAGGUCAAAUAUCUCAUCAGCUUUUUAUGUUUUGUUGCUCUUUUUUUUAAUACAUUUUAAUAAAAAACAUUAAAAAAUCAAAUAAGUUUCGUUACUUAUAUAUAUAUUAACUAUAUUAUACGCUUAUUGAGAGCUGCUCUGAAAGUAAUGUCUCGUAUUUUAUGACACGAACCUAACAUUUUAGACUAAGAGUCUAUUAUUGAUUGUCAAGACUGCAGUGACCACCAGUACAGCAUUUAUUAAUAGCAGGACAAUGAUUAUAUUGACGUAGUUCAUAAGUGUUAUGUGCAGCAUAUAGAGAUUACUCCCAGAACGUGGAAACAAACAUUAAACAGCAUCUGGUGAAAGAUCUAAGAGUGCUUUCUGUAUGACAAAGCAUGCUUCUUGGUGCAUUUUUAUGUCCACUAUUGCUUGAGGGAUUUUUUUUUUUUUUGAUGUAUUGAAGUCUUUUGCUAAAACAGAUAUUUUUUUCCUUUUUUUCCUUUUUUCUUCCAAACAUUAUUGUCAACAAAUGCUACUGAAAUAAAAUGCAUUAAAAAAAAAAUCUUUUCUUCCCUCUUGCACCUACUCACUCACCAUUUUGAAAGAGUGUUUACUGAGGCUAUGAACAAAAUGGAAAACAAACAUGCAAUAAUCAUAACCAGUGGAAUACCCUUUACCUCAGGCUCUGUCCUUGCAGGGGUUUCUUCCUGGCCAUGGGUCCUGGCAGCCAAUGGACUUUAAACUCCGCACUCCUUUCUCUGAAAAUGCUUCAUUGCUUUUCAGUUCUAGAAUAUCUUCUUCCAGCUGUUGCACCAGUAAGGCACUGGGAAAUAAAUGCUACAUUUUACUGUUGUGGUUGCCCUCUUCUCUUUUCCUAUCAGUCUGUAGAAUAGAAUGAUGGCCAGCUCCAGAGUUCACCUGGUCUGGUGGGCUGUCUGUUAGGGGCCAGAAGAGGUGGGGUAGGGAGAGAGUGCAAGAAUGGGCCAAACACUGAGGAUUCCUUCCCUGAUGCAGUCUUCCCUUCUCGCCUAGCCGUUGUCUUCCAGGCUUUCCAAGACCAAGGGGAUCGUCUUGGUUUUUGUGCAGAACAGGAUCUUUGCCUUCUCCUCAUGUCUUCCACUCGUUCAUUGCUUUGAAUGUGCUUUCAGGAAUUUUGCCAGUGCUUGUCUGGGAACAGCUCAGAACAAGGAACCUGAUGACUGCUGGAUAACACCUGAAGUUGAGCUGCAAAUGUAUGUGGACUUGCAUGGUCACACAAGGUCUUGCAGAAGUGCACUAAAGAUAUUUAAGAAACAAAGUGACUGAAGCAGAGCACUAGCUAAUACAGCCUCUCAAGAGCAGAGGAAAAGAUUGCAAGAAAGAGCGAUCAUUUUUAGGGGUGUUGGACAGUAAAAGACUGUCCUUGCUGUCUCAGUAGAAGAGCAUGAGUAUGUUAGAGAAAAAUCCCCAGCAGCAUAAGACUUAAUAUCCAGGAUUUUCGGGUGAAUCACCAUGACUCAAAGCUCUAUGUGAUCAUGUGUACAGAAAACAUUUUAGUAGUUAGCAGCACUGUUUGAUACUAGGCAGGAAUUAUUAAUGAAAUAAAACAUUAAUGCAAUAGUUCAUCAAUUUAUACUUUUGUUUCCCAUUCUUAAGAAUUCUGUAAAGAAAUUCUAGUGAAUAAAUAGAAUGAAGAUUACUAGAUUUUUUCUUCUCUGUUUUGGUGUAGACAUUCAAUGUAUUUUUAGAACAAUGAUUGUUAGAAACUAAGAAGAUCUACAGAAAAUUAAGUAAUUGAGUCCAUACACGUUAGUCAAACUGUUUUAAUCCAUUUCUUCAUUUUAUUCCUGUUAAAGAGAGGCAGUAUUUGCUUACAUAACUAGGAGUGCUGUGAGCGAUAAUUAAUGCAUAUAAGCAGCAGUAUGAUUAAAGUGAAGAGCUAUGUACUUCCAAAGGAUUAUUAAUUUUAUUAUCAUCAUUAGUACUGCACUGAGCUAUUGUAAAUUGCUGAAAGAGCCAAUUACUGUGGAUUUUCUUGAGAUGACUUUGUAAGGUAUUAAAAGGAGGAUGUUACACUGCAGAAAUCUACAAUGAAGUUGUCAAACUGAGAUUACAUUCUGUGCUGUAAAAUGGUAUCAUCCAUACCAGAAGCAAAAGUAAUUUGUAAAUGCUGAUUAACACAAAAACAUGCUCAUCUAUCUUUUAACUCAUACAGUGGCUCCUCCCCUGCUUGCUGAAAAUCUCUAUUAAUGAUUUUGAGUCAUAAGCCAGAAGUGUAAUUUCAGGAAAAAGGCCAUGGCCAAUGACCUUGGCCAACAGCCAAUAAACAACUGGAUUUCUGAAGUUUAAUGAGGGCAUACUGACCAACUGAGCAGCUGAAUCUGACAGUGUGAAAGCUCUCACCACUGGGAAUGCUUAUGCCAGCUCCUGCAGCCCAGAGGGUGGUGAGCUGUGGCUAUCCCAUGGCUGUGACCAGGCACUCGUGCUAGAGAGGGGGGGAACUGCAACACAGCUGGAUAAGAGAUGUGUGGUCCUAAGGCUUCCAGCUAUGGCUUCUUAACCCUCGCUUUGUAGCAUAUUUCCCUCAGGUAAAGCAGUCUGCUGGCACGACUGAGCUCUGAAAUGAGCUGUGGAAUAAAUCUGAUUAAAAACGGCACCAGCAACUAUUGUUUGGGAAAGUGUAUUUUUUAAAAAAUAGAUCAUUUAUAAAGAUGUUUUGGAAUAUGGCUAAAUCUUGAGACUGUCUCCAUGAAGAUUUAAAAUAGUUUUGUCAAAACCUACUUUAAAUGGCUACUUGGAUUAAUAUUCUUGAGUUUCCCGUGAGCACAAGCCAAAUUAUACCGUGAAGAAAAAUUCACUUAUUUCUACUGGCAGUAAGUAAUAAUUUCUUAUAUGUAAUUUCUGCCUCUUAUUUGAGUAGCUACCCAGACAUUCCAAUUUAGUUUCUUGAUGAGUUGAGAAUAAAAGAUUUCCCUAUUCUAAACUGAGAAAUUAAUUACAGUAUAAAGACUGUCUAUGAAGAGAAAUACUGUUAUUCUUCAUCCUUUACCAAUGCUGAGAGAAAGUAAUUAGGAGUCUAAUCAAACCCCAUGCAGGGUUCGUAGGGCAGGUUAAACCACCUCUGACCUUGCUGCCACUUUACUUUUCUGGGUACUGGAAGGAGUGCUGAUUUAAUUGAAACAAUCCAGGAACCUGAUAAGACACUCUUCCUGUGAUAGCAAUCUCUGAAUUAUUGGAAAAUACCAUCAAGGGAGACAGCGGGGUUUGUGGCAGCUGACAAAGUUGUCCUACAAAGCUUCCAGCAUAGCCACGCCAUGCAGGAAGGUGGCAUGGACUCAUUCAGUUGGUGAUUUUUAGAAGGGGCUCAACCAAGCAAAGAUUGUUCUUUUUUCAUGGGUUUCAUUAUCGGUCAGCUUUGCUGGGACAUGAAGCCUACCUCAGUGGUGCUGUAUUUCAAUGUUUUGAUGACAUGGUUGAGUUACUGACCAACAGCAUCACAUUAAAACUCUUCUGCAGCAACAGGAUGAAUGUAAUUAAUGCUGGGUGAUCAUCACAACAUGUCUAUUCACUCAUUUCAGGCCAGACUGGACAUCUUGGAAUUCAGACUGGAUCUACAUUAAGAUUUCUUUAUUGUGAUGGUGGGAAAACACUGGAAUGGGCUUCCUAUUGAGGCGGCUGAUGCUCAAAAGACAUUUGGCCAACAUCCUCAUAAAUACGCUUUAACUUUUGGGUAAUACUGAAGUUUGACAAGACUUGGUGAUCUUUGUAGGUCACUGACAAACGAACAAUCCUACUCUGCUCAUUUUGUUAUUUUCUUCUGCCUUUCUUCUCCCUUUGAGGGAUUCAUCCUCGGAAACCUCUAACCCUAAACCCCUACUUGAAGACAUUUUGAGGAAGCAAACACCAUCCCCACUGCUCUGUGAACCACCCUGCCCUUGCAGCAUGUGGCAGAGAGGCCCCACCUUCACAGCCAAGUCUGUUGGCCCACCUGCAACCUCAAAGCCGCCAGAACCGCGCCCUAAGGGAAGGGGCUGCCAACUGGGCCACCCUACUGGACGCAGGGUUGGAAACGAUGGUGCGAUGAAGCCUCCCUUGGCCCAUUGGAGCCAGCCAGAGCAGCGGGAAGCCCCAGGGCCCAGCGCAGCCCAGCGCCCGGCCACGGGUGGGCGCUGCCCUGUGGGCGGCAGCCCCCGGCAGCCCCUCGCGCCUCCACCGCGGGUCUCCCGCGGGGCCCCCGCAGCGCCCCCAACGGCCGCCUCCAAGCGCGGAAGGCGGAGCUCGGCCCGCGCGACGCGUUUCAAACGGGCGAACCGUCGGGCGCGGAGGGAGGGCGGGCCGGAGCGCAGUCCCCGCCUGGGAGUUUAAAGCGCCAUUUUGUGCCGGGCGGCGGAUAUCGAUCGUCGCUCCCUGUCGGGCGAGCGGCGGGGCGCUCGGCGCCCGUCCUCUGCCCUUCUCCGCGCCUCUUUCCCCCGUCCCUCCGCUCCCAUGACCCGCAGCAGGAAGCAGGCGGCGCUGGAGAGAGGAGCCGGCAAGAUGAACCCAGAAGCGGGGAGCGCCGCGGAGGGGGCCCGGGCGGCGGCGGCGGCGGGGGCAGCCGGGAACGGAACGGCGCCCGGCGCCUGGGGGCUGGAGGGGGAUUCGGAGAAAGUUGUAUACUCGCGUUCGCAGGUCUCCUACGCCGGCACCAAGGCGCUGGGCGACGCCCUCAAGCUCUUCAUGCCCAAGUCCACCGAGUUCAUGAGCUCCGACUCGGAGCUAUGGAACUUCCUUUGCAGCCUCAAGCACGAGUUCUCCCCGGUCAUCCUCCGCAGCAAGGACGUCUACGGCUACGCCUCCUGCCGCGCCGUCGUCCCCGACCCGCCGCCGCCCUCGGCCGAGCGGCCCCGCCACCGGCCCGGCAAACGGCGCCUCCCGCCCGCCAAGCGCCGGGCCGCGGUCACGGGCGACUCCGCCAAACGGCCCCGGCGGCGGCGGCGGCGCCGCAGGAGGGCGCAGGGCUGGCGGCACCGAGCGGCACCGGCGGCCGAUGGCACCCACGGCGAGGAGCGGCUGGAGGCGGCGGCGGGGCCGCCGGGCGAGGACGAGGCUGAGGCCGAGGACAGCGAGCGGGGCGGCCCGGCCGAGCAGGCCGCCUGGAGGCAGCCGUUCGGCGGCAAGUCGCUGGAGGAGAUCUGGAAGGCGGCCACCCCUCGCCUCACCACCUUCCCAACCAUCCGGGUGCGCGGCGGCGUCUGCAACUGGCGCAGCCUGGAGGCGGCGCGGCGCCGGGCGCAGCGGAUCCUCGGCGUGGACCUGUCGCCCGUGGUGCGGGUGCGCCGCCUGCCCGUGGCGCCGUCCUGAGGCGGCGGGAGGGGAAGGAAGGCCGGCGCGGACAAAGAGACCAAUAUCAGUCACCUGUUUACAUUGCUUUUGUCUGGAUCAUGUUCUUCUGCUGCACUUUACGGCUCGCUAGAAUCGGGGCCGGGGCGCCGGGCCCCGGGCGGGCGAGGGGCCGGCUGCGGGUACCGCGCGUGGGGACCAAGUUCCGCUUCCACUUCUCCCAUCGGGCUACCUCACUGGUCCAGAAGUCCACCCAAGAAGUUGUUUUCCAAAGGAACUUAACUUUCAUGCUUGUAUAAUAAAGCACCAUCCGAUUCUCGUUCCCCACCCCCCCCCCCCCCUCCGCCCUUUUCUGAUGGAUUAUGUAUGCUUUGUGGUGUUGCACUAGUAUGUGCUCAGGGUAUUUUGAAUCCCAAGCAUUCCCAAGUUUCAGUUCACUCUGACCGAGGAUGCGUUAAGAAUGGAGGUUCAGGACUUGUGGCUGUUCUUGAUGGUGCAAAAACUUUUUUUUUUUUUUUUUUUCAUGGGCUUAGUGAUAUAUACAGAUGUAUUGCUCAGUAUAAUUGUUACACUUUUGUAUCUAAAGUCAUUUUUAAGGUUUUCUAGUUGAACUAAGUAUUUGUUUCUAUUGAGCACCUAAAGAUAGAAUCAUGCUGAUAUUUUAUAAACAUGUUUACUUUAGGGAAGCUCAUUUGGUCAACCUAAGUGAACUUAAUAAAAGUUAAAGAAAAGUGAUGUUUCAGUUCAAUGAAACUGGACUGCACAGAGGUGGGUUCCUUGCUGGAGUCUGCCGUGUUUGUGCUUAACGGAGGCUCUGUGGUAUCCCCAGUAAACAAGCUUAGAGCUGGUGAAGAGUGUAACUGUUCAAAUGGAAGCAUAGGUGUCUGAAGGUGAACUGUGGUACAUGUAAUGCUGGUGUUAAUGGCAAAAAAGAAAGAAAGAAAAAAAAAAAAGACUCAGUACCUGGUUACUUCUUAACGAAAUAGAACUGGUGUCAACCCUGGGGCUGUUAGAUGACUGAUGGUAGAUAACCAUAUCGUUGUAAUUACUUGCACAUAAUUAUUUUUAUAAAUCUCUCCUGGGCUUCAUAGUGGACUGUGGUGUAAAACUCUAAUGUGGUUUAACCACUUGAACAGAAAAAUUCCAUCUUGCUAUUCUGUGUGGUGGGCAGUCCCUCUUUAAUCUUGGUUGUUUUUUGUUUCUGGUUUUUGUUGUUGUUUGUUUGUUUGAAGGGCUUUUCCUGGUUCUUGCUCAUUGCUGUUGGUGUGUAAGAAGCAAAGGUGUAGAUUUUCUUCUGCUUGAUGUUUUUUUGAGUUCAGGAGAAGUGUUUGGUGAGAGACAGUUCAUGUUCUUUGUAUCCUAGCAAGCAAGGAACUUCUCAGUUUCCAUAGUGGAAUGAAUGACUUCACAAUUUGUUUAUGGAAUGGUUUAGCGACUUAAAAUUUCUUUCCUGAUUGCUGUUGACUCCUUGUUGCCUGCUGUUGGUGGGGGUAGUAAGACAGCUAAACGUGUAGAGGUAGUUUGUAAAAACUUUUAAGUACUAACCUGAAGCAACCAAAUUCUUCUAAAACUUAUUUAUAUUGUGUAGUUUUUACUUAGCAAAGCUGUGAAGUUCUUAUUCUUCCAAAGUAACCAUCUGUUCUAUAACCAUUAAGUUUUGAAAUCGUUUACAUAACAUUAGACUGCCUGCUGAUGGCUGCAGUAGUGCCACGUCAGAUUUCAGAAGGGAACUAGGAAAUGGAAGUUCAAGGGUGCAUAUUGUUAUGCUGUUUCUCUGGCUAUAAUGCUUGCUUAAAUUUAGAGGCAAAGUUGUGUUGAUUUAAAACUCAGUAUGACAAACUGCCUUGUGACCAAAUGCCAAGUAUUUCAGUUUUGACAUUCACUUCAGAAGUGCUAGCUAAGAAGAUUGCUACUGAUACUUGAAGUGUCUAGUUGACUUCAAUGAAGUUAUGUUCCUACUGCUACAUUGAAUUAUUUUGUUCAGUGUUCUUUUGAGAAAUCUGGGUAGAGAUAAUAAAAUUUAAGCAGCUGUCUUGUGUAGAUUUUUCGCAUAAUUUGUAAACAGUUGUAGGACAGACUAGAUUAGAUGUCUGGGGCAGAGUGAAGGCUGCCAGAGGUAGGAUAUGGGAGGUACUGUACUUUGUGCUGCCUUGAUUUGAUGCUUAUUCUGAAAUGUUGUUUGUGGGUAUGAAAUACUGUGAAAUAACAUCACUUCUGUCGAGUGAGUCUUGUGUAAGCUGUGUGCCUACACAAGGUGUACUUCUUUUUCUCUUGGUUCUGCUUUGAAUUCUUGGUUCUGAGGCAGCAGCUCUUUGGGGGGUAUGCUAUGUUUUACAGAUACUCUCUGAGGAAGUUGGAUCAAAGAUCUGAUAGCUGCAUUCACAAAUUGUUAACUGAGCUAUUUCUGUCUGCGAAGUCAGUUAAGGGGGGAAAUCUAUAGUUAAGUUUUCUGGUAAAUUAAUGUGCUAAGAUAGCAGAGGAUCAGUGAAAGGAGGGACUGUGAAAGCUAGCAGCUUACAGGAGAGCUAACAGCUGAAUUUCAUGGUCAUGUUUACAACAGUUUUGGCAAUCAAGGGUAGGAUUACCUGUGGUGUAGCUCUUCUUUUCCCCUCUCAAAACUGCAGUUCCUACCUACUGCUUUGUCUUGGUGCUCAUCUGAGGAAGCUAAUCUGAAGUCUGUUCUAUUUUAGGUUUGUGCAGACUGAUAAUUGUUGGCUCUUUUUGGACCUCUUAGCUGCAGGCAACAACUGAGGAAGUCAGACAAGAGUGUGCAAGACUUCUGCAAUAUUGAAUUAGACAAUUUUAAAAUAUAGAAGCAUUGGGUUUUAUUCUACCUAGUGAACUAAUGACAUUAUUGUACUUUACAGAUGCUGUUGGAGAAAGUAUAAUAGAUUAGGUGGAUUUCUGGUCUGACUCAACGUGGCUGUUUUCAUACAAACCCAUUAUUAUUUGAGAAGUGUGGUUUGCCUGAUUUAAUUCCGUGGCUUUCAGUAUCCUCUCAUAGAUUCAUAGAAUGUCCUGGGUUGAAACAGACCACAAUGAUCAUCCAGUUUCAACCCCCUGCUAUGUGCAGGGUCACCAACCACCAGACCAGGCUGCCCAGAGCCACAUCCAGCCUGGCCUUGAAUGCCUCCAGGGAUGGGGCAUCCACAACCUCCUUGGGCAGCCUGUUACAGUGUGUCACCACUCUCUGUGUGGAAAAGCUUCGUCCUAACAUCUAACCUAAACCUCCCCGUCUCAGUUUAAAACCAUUCCCCCUUGUUCUAUCACUAUCCAACCUCAUAAAUGGCCAUUCUCCCUCCUGUUUAUGUGCCUCCUUCAAGUACUGGAAAGCUACAAUGAGAUCUCCCUGGAGCCUUCUCCAAGCUAAAUAAGUUCCAUUCCCUCAACCUUUCUUCAUAGGCAAGGUGUUCCUGCCCUCUGAUCAUCUUAGUGACCCUCCUCUGGAUCUGUUCCAAGAGCUCUGCAUCUUUCUUGUGCUGGGAAGCAUGAAAUGCAUGCCCAGAAUAAAUUCAGUUUACAAUGCCUAGUCUAGUUGAGUCAGCAUGGCUGAGUUCAUAUUAAACAGGAGUCCUGUGGUAGCCUCUAUUUGCAGACUUUUGCAGUAGCCAGUUCCUUCCCAUAUGAGCUCCCUUCAUAUAAUGGCUUUGUGUACUCAAAGUUGUACUCUUUCCUUUACCAAAAUGUGAAUUUUUAUCCAGUCACUCCAAGGCUAUUGAAUUUCAGAUUGCCACAAUGCUGAAAUGAGUUUUGUUACAGCCCCAGAUGUCAAGGAGGGAGUUGAGAUGUCCAUUGUGUCUCACAUAUUGCUGAGAGUAUACUCUGAAUCCAAGAGGCAGUGAGUGCCUUCCUAUGUCAUCAUGCAAGUACAUUUUUCAGGACUGAGGUGUGUGAAAGGAGAAAGCAGUGCCUUACAGACAUUUUUCUCUGAUGUUGCAUAGAAGUUGUCACGUUUGAAGGAUCACAGUGUAUCGCUGUCCUUGAAGCCGUUAAUUGCCAACCUGUAAACAACAAACUCUGUGUACCCAUGCCUCAUGCAGAGCAUCACUGUGUAUACUUGCCAAUGGCAAGACUUAUGGUACUUGGAUUUUGCUCUGAAUGUGUAGGGGAUAUUGUGUGUGUCUGUAUUUUCCUUUAUUCUUGCCUAUCAGAUGCAAGGAGCAAAGUAGUUUGUAGAUGACAGAUUUAAUCCCAAAUAACGUUUCAGUUAACAAGGCAGAGUCCUGGACUCCUUGUGCUACCGAGAAGAGUUGAUUUAUGCUAAUUUAAAGUUGAUCAGUAGUGUAGUCUGAGUUCAAAGUUUGCAUGUAUGGGAAACCAGCACUGAAAACAUCUGUAUUUCUUUUUAGCCUGGUAGACUGGCAAAUCAAGAAAAAUUUCUUAAUUGUAUGCAUAAAUGAAACCUGUUGACUAUAGCUUGAACAAAAUGCUUUGACUUCAGAUGCUCAGUUUAUGAUGACAUUUACAAAUACAGGAAAUCUGGAAUCAAAUUACUGUAUUUACAGUAGAUUUUAGACGUUACCCAUGAAACAAGGCAAUUAAUAUUAAGUAACAUAGCAGGUAAGGAAUCCUGGAGCUCAUGAGACCCAAAUUCUGAUACUCUCUUUGUCUCAUUUGGAGGAGGAUCUCUGAAGUGCCAAGUCGUGAAGACUGAGUUAUAGCAGCUUAGACCGUUUCACUCUGUAUAAUAAAAAAUCACUAAACUUGAAGAAAUUCCUGGAUAUUAGUGGGUUUGUUUGUUUGGUUGGUUCUUGUUGUUCCUUACACCUUGGUUCUUCAUCUGGAACUUAUUUUAGGUGAAUGUUACUGCCCUAACAGUAAAGACUGAGACAGCUGCGUUCCAUAGUGUUCUGUGGUAGGACAUCUGCUUAGGCAGUGACUCCAAAUGUGUACUGCUCAUGAUGCUUUAUUCCCAAGCUUUCAAGAGUCAUCCAAUGGGUAUGAUGGUAAUGGGACAGUGUAGGACAAUGUUGAAAUAUUUCUCAUCCCUAAUCAAAGUAAAGCCAUUUUUCCACAUGUAAAAAUAAAGUGUAUUUCCUCAAAGUUAAUGUCUAAAUAUCUUUGUAGGGCUAUAAAAAAAAUAAUCUCUUAGUUAUUUUGUUGUUGCUACUUUUUCUUUAAGUAAAAAGAUCUGAAAAUAUUUCUGGGGUUGUUAUC